CUCACUCGCACUCUUGCUGGAGGCACAUCAAUACCAUUCCGCUGAGAAGAAAAAAACCCACAACUACCUUAAGGGGUUAAGACAAUAUGCGCAAUUCUCGCCUUCUAUAGCGAUCACUAUUUAAACCUGGCAAGAGCCCUGCACCAGUCUUUGCAAGAAUGGAAUCCGUAAAACAAAGGGUUUUGACCCCAGGAAAAGAGGGGCUAAAGAAUCUUGCUGGAAAAUCCCUCGGCCAGAUCUACAGGGUGCUGGAGAAGAAGCAGGAGACCGGGGAGACCAUUGAGCUGACGGAGGAUGGGAAGCCCCUGGAGGUGCCUGAGAAGAAGGCGCCGCUGUGCGACUGCACGUGCUUCGGCCUGCCGCGCCGCUACAUCAUCGCCAUCAUGAGUGGCCUGGGCUUCUGCAUCUCCUUCGGCAUCCGCUGCAACCUGGGCGUGGCCAUCGUGGACAUGGUCAACAACAGCACCAUCCACCGAGGGGGCAAGGUCAUCAAGGAGAAAGCCAAAUUCAACUGGGACCCGGAAACCGUGGGGAUGAUCCACGGUUCCUUCUUUUGGGGCUACAUCAUCACCCAGAUUCCUGGCGGCUACAUCGCGUCUCGGCUGGCGGCCAACAGGGUUUUUGGAGCUGCCAUACUUCUCACCUCUACUCUGAAUAUGCUAAUCCCAUCAGCAGCCAGAGUGCAUUAUGGAUGUGUCAUCUUUGUUAGGAUAUUGCAGGGACUUGUUGAGGGUGUCACCUACCCAGCAUGUCAUGGAAUAUGGAGCAAAUGGGCCCCUCCUCUAGAGAGAAGUAGAUUGGCAACCACCUCCUUUUGUGGUUCCUAUGCUGGAGCUGUGAUUGCAAUGCCUUUAGCUGGCAUUCUUGUACAGUAUACUGGCUGGUCUUCAGUAUUCUAUGUCUAUGGAAGUUUUGGGAUGGUCUGGUACAUGUUUUGGCUUUUGGUGUCUUAUGAGAGUCCUGCAAAGCAUCCUACUAUUACAGAUGAAGAACGUAGGUACAUAGAAGAAAGCAUUGGAGAGAGUGCAAAUCUUUUAGGUGCAAUGGAAAAAUUCAAGACUCCAUGGAGGAAAUUUUUUACAUCUAUGCCAGUCUAUGCAAUAAUUGUCGCAAAUUUCUGUAGAAGCUGGACUUUCUAUUUAUUGCUUAUUAGUCAGCCAGCAUAUUUUGAGGAAGUCUUUGGAUUUGAAAUCAGCAAGGUUGGCAUGCUGUCUGCUGUGCCACACUUAGUAAUGACAAUUAUUGUACCUAUUGGAGGGCAGAUUGCAGACUUUCUAAGAAGCAGGCAAAUUCUUUCAACUACUACAGUAAGAAAGAUCAUGAAUUGUGGUGGUUUUGGCAUGGAAGCAACCCUGCUCCUGGUCGUUGGCUAUUCUCACACUAGAGGGGUAGCCAUCUCAUUCCUGGUACUUGCAGUGGGAUUCAGCGGAUUUGCCAUAUCUGGUUUCAAUGUUAACCACCUGGAUAUUGCUCCAAGAUAUGCCAGCAUCUUAAUGGGCAUUUCGAAUGGUGUUGGCACAUUGUCAGGAAUGGUUUGCCCUAUCAUUGUGGGUGCAAUGACAAAGAAUAAGUCACGCGAGGAGUGGCAAUAUGUCUUCCUGAUUGCUGCCCUCGUCCACUACGGUGGAGUUAUAUUUUAUGGAAUAUUUGCCUCAGGAGAGAAGCAACCGUGGGCAGACCCUGAGGAAACCAGUGAAGAAAAAUGUGGGUUUAUCCAUGAAGAUGAACUCGAUGAAGAAACAGGGGACAUUACUCAAAAUUAUAUCAAUUAUGGUACCACCAAGUCUUAUGGUGCCACAACACAGGCCAAUGGAGGUUGGCCCAAUGGCUGGGAAAAGAAAGAGGAAUUUGUACAAGAAGAAGGACAAGACACAUACACCUAUAAGGACCGAGAUGAGUAUUCAUAACAAAACUAAUCGCUGGUUUUAUUUUUAGUGUCUGUGAUUAACUUAAUUGUGAUUGCACAAAAAUUUUUAAAAUAUGUGGUGUGAACAUGUAAACAUAUCAACCAAGCAAGUCUUGCUGUAAAAAUGAAAUGAAAACAAACUCAUGAAGUUACCAUCAAGUGCAAUCUGUAGAAGUUGUGAAAUUCCAUCUUUUCCAUUCAGGUCAUCUAUUCUUGCAUUUGUGCUUUCAAGGUUGACUGAUCAAAAACUGUAGAAACAAGUAGUUACUCAUUGGAUUUAUAUGAGCUAAAACUUAUCGCCAUUUAAUAAAGCACAGCUAAAACAGUUGGCACAUGUCAUCCUACAAAAGUUAGGA